GGAUUAUCGUGGCGUCUGUUCAACAGUAUUCUCAAGUAGUUGGGUGGCAGUAGAGCUGCUAAAUGUUUCUUCUACUAGGAGUGCUUCUGGUCGCGUCAGGAGUGGUGCAAGGAGGACCGAUCGACAAUGCUAGGAUAGUGAAUGGAACGGAUGCUGCCAUCGAAGACUAUCCGUUCGUUGUGUCACUGCGUGGCUCCACCGGUGGCCACUCCUGUGGAGGAAGCAUUUUGAACGAACUCUGGAUCUUGACGGCUGCCCAUUGCGUCGAUUGGACGACACCACUGGCCCAGACGGUGCAGGUAGGUCGUUCGGACAUUUCGCGGCCAGUUGAUGAGUCGGUGUAUGCAAUCGAGGACGUUGUCAUCCACCCGGGCUAUAAUCCUAGUGAUAGUUAUAUCGACGACAUUGCGCUACUUAAAUUGCGCAAACCGUUGGUGUUUAGUGAAACCGUGCAACCGGUUCGGAUACCGAAUCGUUUCAUGGAGGUGGACUUUGGGCCAAACAAUGCCGCUGAGAACGUUGUUGUAACGCUGAUUGGUUGGGGUCGUAACGCUACAGAGGGACCCGUACAGACAACGCUACAGGAGGUUGACUACUACCUUGUGCCGAACGACAAGUGUAAUCAAAUCCACAGUAGCCACAUCUAUCCGAUGCAGAUUUGUGCUGCCGAACCCGGCGGUGGUAAAGGACAGUGCAGUGGCGAUUCAGGUGGUCCGCUGCUGUGGAAUGGAGUUCAAGUUGGUAUCGUUUCUUGGAGUGUCAAACCAUGCACUAUCGCCCCGUACCCGGGAGUGCUGACCAAGGUUUCGUACUACGUAGACUUCAUCAAUACCCACGCAAAGAAAUAUUUGCAAGCAUAAGGUAGAUGCGGUCAAAUUGAUCGUCAUUGCCAGCUAUCAACGAUUACAAACAAACACUCCUAGACAACCUGAUAAGAUUGUUCAACGGUAUCUGGACUCUAUACUGAACCAUUGAAUAAACGCACGUGGCAACUUUA